ACACGCAUUAUAAUUUACAAUCAUGUAGCAAGGAGGUUCAGCAUCAUUUUCUUCUUUCUCCUUUUCAAAAUCGACCAAAAUCUGUAGGCAUAUCUUGGAUAAAUCAAAGAGAGCAAAAUUAGAGAGCAACACUAGUUGACCAAGGCGGAGGUUAUGAGGGGAAGUGCGCCGUUGCCGCCGAGGCAUAUCUUGGACAACGCCGCGUCGAACGUUUCCGAUUACUACGUUUCGCGGCUGAAGCAAUGCUGCGAAGCCUACAACAUACGGCAAGCGAAACAGCUCCACGCGCACAUCAUCAAGAACCUCGUGGACCCGGAGCCUUUCUUGCUCAACAAUCUCAUCAAUGGGUACCACAAGCUGAGCAACACCGCCUAUGCACGCAACGUGUUCGAUCAAAUGCGCAGACCAAACCAUUUCUCGUGGAACACUGUCCUAUCCGUCUACUCGAAGCAGGGGGACGUUGCGAAUAUGGAGAAGAUGUUUAAUUUGAUCCCACGUAAAGAUGGGGUGUCGUGGAACUUGGUGAUAUCGGGUUAUAUAAAAUGCGGGUUGAUUGACAAGGCUUUGGAGGCUUAUAGAUCGAUGUUGAGGCACGGGUUGGAGAGCCUGAACAGGAUCACGCUUUCCACGGUUAUAAUAGUGCUGUCAAAAAAGGGUUGGGUGAAUUUGGGAGGGGUGGUUCAUGCGCAAGUAGUGAAGCUCGGAUUCGAGUCGUAUGUUUUCGUGGGGAGUCCUUUAGUUGAUAUGUAUGCAAAAUGUGGAUUGAUAAGGGAGGCCAAGCGCGUGUUUGAUGAGUUGCCGGAGAGGAAUCUGGUUGUUUACAACACGAUGCUUAUGGGUUUUCUGGGGUGUGGGAUGUUGCAAGAAGCAUACAGUUUGUUUGGAUGUAUGCCUGAGAAGGACGCGAUUUCUUGGACGACCAUGAUCACUGGGCUAACACAGAAUGGGAUGAAUAGAGAGGCGCUGGAGCUGUUACGAGGAAUGAGAUUGAAUGGAGUGAGUAUGGAUCAGUUUACUUUUGGAAGUGUGUUGACUGCUUGUGGAGGUCUUUGUGCAUUGCAAGAAGGGAAGCAGAUUCAUGCAUAUCUGACUAGAACUGAUUAUAUCGAUAAUAUUUUUGCAUCAAGUGCACUUGUUGAUAUGUACUCAAAGUGUGGUGACAUCAAGAACGCGGAGAGAGUUUUCAGGAAGAUGUCGUACAAGAAUAUUGUGUCGUGGACUGCCAUGUUAGUAGGCUACGGUCAGAAUGGGUACAGCGAGGAAGCUGUGCGGAUAUUCUGUGAGAUGCAGAGAAACGGAGUUGAGCCGGAUUAUUACACUUUAGGUAGUGUAAUAAGCUCUUGUGCAAAUCUGGCCAGCCUCGAAGAGGGAACUCAGUUUCAUGGUCAAGCAAUGGCGUCGGGUUUGAUUGCCUUUAUAACCGUCUCCAACGCACUUGUAACCAUGUAUGGUAAAUGUGGCAACAUCAAAGAGUCGCAUCAGUUGUUCAAUGAGAUCAGAGUGAAGGAUCAAGUGACUUGGACUGCAUUGGUUUCCUGCUAUGCGCAGUUUGGAAAAGCUAACGAGACCAUCGGUUUAUUUGAGGAAAUGUUGGCUUGUGGCCUCCAGCCAGACGGAGUUACCUUUGUUGGGGUUCUCUCUGCCUGCAGCAGGGCCGGGUUUGUGGAGAAAGGCCGCCAUUAUUUCAUGCUAAUGGUGGAUAAAUAUGGAAUUAGGCCAGUUCUUGAUCACUACACUUGCAUGAUUGAUCUAUUUAGUCGAGCUGGGCAGUUAGAAGAAGCCAAGAACUUCAUACUUGAAAUGCCUUGCCGUCCUGAUACAAUUGGUUGGUCUACGCUGCUGAGUUCAUGUAGAAACCGUGGUAAUAUUGAAAUAGGAAAAUGGGCUGCAGAAUCUCUUCUUGAACUGGAUCCACAUAACUCUGCUGGCCAUGUGUUGCUUGUCAGCAUCUACGCUGCUAAAGGGGAAUGGGACGAGGUGGCUCAGUUGAGAAAAGGAAUGAGAGAGAAGGGAGUCAGGAAGGAGCCAGGAUGUAGUUGGAUCAAGUAUAAGAACAAAGUGCACAUUUUCACCGCUGAUGAUAAGUCAAGCCCGUUUUCGGAUCAGAUAUACCGAGAGCUGGAGAGACUCUGCGAUAAAAUGAGAGAGGAGGGAUAUGUGCCUGAUGUGAAAUCUGUCCUGCAUGAUGUUCAGGAGUCGGAGAAACUGAAGAUGCUGAACCAUCAUAGUGAAAGGCUGGCAAUUGCAUUUGGUUUGCUUUUCGUUCCCCCUGAGUUGCAGAUAAAAGUGGUGAAAAACCUCCGCGUUUGUGAUGAUUGCCAUAAUGCAACCAAAAUCAUUUCGAAGAUCACCCAGCGAGAAAUUCUUGUUAGAGAUGCUGUACGGUUCCAUUUAUUCAAAAAUGGGGAAUGUUCUUGUGGAGACUUUUGGUAGUGGAUCUUGUUUGUGCUAAAGAGAUGCCGGAAGCCUCCAAACUUAGUAGGAGGAUGGCUGAAAGUUGCAGAGUUCAGGACUGGAUCUCGACUGAUUCAAGAUCAAGUACAGAAUGAGUCGUUAAGUUUUUUAUUUUCAGUGAUGAUUGAAUAAGCAUUCAGGAAUGCUCCUGAGUGACGACUGGCUUAUUGGAAGAAUUGAUGCAGUGAAAUAGCUUAAAACAAUAAAGAGAUUGAAAUCAUACUACAGGCAAACUACAAGAUAUUUGUACUAAACCCUCGAAAUCUUGAAUCGAAAGCUUAAUGAAGGACAGAUAUGGAAGCUGAUGUGAGAUGUACUCUUGGUCGUUCACUUCAUUCUUCUGACUCUUCUUUCAAUGUUUUUGUUGGGUCUAAUUCCCUGCUCUGUGUGCUCUGCACAAAUUAGCUCAUGAUGGUGAAUGUUUGGGCAGGACCAGAGUCGAUGUUACUGGAGUAGAAAGAUGUUAGGCAAUUUACCUGAAUACGAGUGCAGAUGUCUAUGACUUCAGGAAGUGGUGCCCAGUCGCCAAAGUUUCUCUCAAUGAACUGGUACGCGAUCCCACUUUUACCUUUGCCAACUAUGAAGAGUCCACCUUUGAUCUCACCUUCACCCUUAAAGUUAUUUUGCAUGCCCGAAGCUUUUGCUCUCCUGUAGUUAGCGAUGGCUCUAGGAUUGAGUAAGAAACCGGAUAUGAACUUGUCUUUGAGCAGCUUCCCUCCACCAAGAGCCUUGAAGAACUCCUGUCCCCUGUCAUAGAGCACGGCACCACCCCAGUAUCGUGGCCAGAAAUCUUUUAUCUGAAACCAUUAAAUUUGUUUCAUUAAUUGUCGUUUUAGUCAUGUCUCAUGAUGCAUAAUAAUCUGAGAGAGAAAUUGAACCUCUGACUCUAUGUGCUCAUGAAUUACUGCAAAUAGUUGAAUCCCAAGAGCAUCAAAUAUAGGUUUCUUGGAGUAGAGUUGGUGCGCUUCAGCUCGGCACAUGAUGCACCUGAUUGCAUAAAUAUGGGUUAAUUACAAUUUAUGACCUGAACUUUAGGGCUUGCUUGAUUUAUGAAAUCGUACCCAGGCCUACGAAUGCAGACAAAGAUAGCCGGUUUCUCUCGCCACAACUCUGAAGUCUUCAUCGGUGGUGUCUUUGACUUGAUCAACCGCUCCAUUCCAAUCUUGUAUUCUGGAGUUAGUUUCUGGACGGAGAUAUUCUCUAUCGUGGUGUAGGGAGCUACGUUCUCGACUACUGGGGGAGGUUCCAUGCAGCCACACACCCUAGGCUCUGCCGGCAUUGCUGCUACAAUUCCCUUGAAGACAUAUCCAUCCUUGAUUUUAAAGCUCGCCAUGGACUGUUCCAAUGUUAAAUCAGAACCAGAACUGCUUCUUCCAGAUGAUCUCAGCGUAACAAGUUUAUUGGAGUUGGCAGGUGUGAGCUGACUCUUAUUUAUGCUACUAUUUCUGGAGGGCAAGUUGUUUCGCCUCCUUGCUGGGAGGGUAUAUGAUGCUGGCAAUGGAUCUGGCGCACACGCAGUGCUUCUGUUCAUGAAACGAGCAAUAUGGCCUCGUUUCAUUCCAAACUGAGUAACUAGAUCUUCAUUACUCAAGCCAAGAAGCUCAGGCAAACCUUUCCCCGAAGCCUCUAAUUGAUCCCCGUACUGCAUCAGCGACCGGUCAUGCAGGAACAGUGUUGCUGUUAACCAAAGCGAGGUUGAGCGUCAGGUUUUGAUGAGGAAGCUUCGACAAGAGAUUAGCUGAAACUGCAUGCAUUUCCGUGAUCCUAGUAAUUUCGGCUGGAUUCUUGAUUAAGCUCCCAGGUUGUCCUUGAGUUCUGCAGAGUCUAUCCGAUAAUGUGUGUCCCAUGAAAGCUGAGAGCGCGAUGAGUAGCUUGAUUGAUGCAACCCCAAGCUCUUCAUUCGUGGUAUUGAUCAGUUCGAUCAGAUUAUAACUGGCUUCUGUCUCCUUGACAAUAGAAACAAUGGUAGCUGAUGCUUUUGGGAACUUGAUCAAGCACAGCAGGAUUCGGAUGAAGUUGAUAUUCAAGUCAUCAGGGCUCGUGCUCUUGAUUCUGUAGAUAACGUUGUAUACUAUGUAGUCUGAUGCCAUUGAGUGACCUUGUGUGCUGACAGGGAAAUUCUCGAGCUCCAGACCAGACUCGAGUAUGUUUGCAAGUAUUAUAGCUGCCUCAGAUUUUGAAUUCAUUGGUUCAUUGUGGAUCGUUCUUGUGAACAUCUCCUCAACCAUAGUCUGCAUUAUACCAGCUUCAACGAGUAUUCCUGCAUUCGGAUGGUAACACGAUAUCUGCUUCAAGGCCUUGAAUGCUGCAUUUUUGGUCACAGAAUUUCCACUUUGCACCAUUUGGAUCAGUGCUGGAGAAGCCGUCUCUGCUACAAACGCCAUGCUAUCAGUUCCAAGAACGAUCUCCCCUAGAUAACUCGCCAUCUCCAUUUUCAUCUCCUCACUGCCUGUUCAUUCAACUUCAUUAUAUAUGUUUACUUAUUUUUAAGUGAUUAUAUUUGCACCUAUUUCGUUGCAGGAAGAAACGGGGUACCUUCGACUAGAUGAGCUAGCAAUGGUUCCCAGUAUCCAUUUUCUGCCAUGAGCUUGAUGUUAUCUGGAAAAAUCUCCAAGUUCUUCAAGAUCUGAUCAGCUGUUUCUGAAGCAAAUGCAUCCGAGGAUUGUCUGUAUUUGACUGUGAUCAGCAUCAGAAUACCUCCAGCUACUGUCCCAAUCUUAUAACACGAGGAUUGGCAUUUUGAUAGCUCAAGCAGGAGUGACACAGAUGCAUGUCUCACAGAAUAAAAGUUUUGUACAAAUAUGAACCAAAAGAGAGAUUUUGAAGUGAACCACCUUCCCGUCUUCAUCAUCCUCGGCUAACUGUCUCAAUAACUCCAGCGUUACAUGUCUUACACCUCUGCUUCUGAAUUCAAGAAACUUCGUGAGCAGUGGAAUCAUUCCAAUGCUGCGAACCUGCACCUUGUUGUAUGGUUUACUCUUGCAGAUGCUUCGUAGAUCAUCGAUUGCUUCAAGUACCAUGUUCUCUGUACUGGCCAGAGAGAGUGCUGCUCGGGCGACCUUGAUUCUUGCAGCUUCAUUUCUCUCUUUCCACUCAUCAAUAGUUGCUUUGAAUGCUACAUUGCUAUUGAUAUUUCUGUUCUUUAGAGUUUCUCCUGAUUUUGGACAGACAAUUUCCGCUCCAUCGGCAAAUUUUUCGAACCAUUCAGUUAUUGCCUUUCUCUCAUAGGUCACUCCACUUUCUAUUGUUACAGGAUCUUCCAUGACCUUCUUCGUCAGAGGACAGAAAAACGUGUCGUAUAAUGGCUCCAUGUACUGAGCCAACUGUGGAAAUGCCAUCAAUGAGGAGCCACCACUCAAACUUUUGGGGUAAUUUCUGCCCAGGCUCAUCGAACUUUCUUGGUCUUGGCUGGCACUCAGAUACGACUGUGAUGUAUCUGAUAACUGAAGAUUCGUAGCAGAAGCAUCGGCAUCAACAGAAUACAGAUCUGUUUCCACUUGUUUCAUUUCUUCCUUUGAGGGAACCCUAUGAAGCUGCUUCCCUUUCGACUCUGAGCCAUGAGAUGGACUGACAGAAAAUGAAACAUCUUUCAUCUCCUUUGAGAGAGCCUUAGCUGCCCAUUCUGUGUAUUCAUGGUUUCCAUAUGUCGACAAAGGUAUUAGGCUAAGGUUCUCCCCUAUACCUCUCACAACAUCUUCAAGUUGCUUCAGCAUACUUGUGAAGUUGGGAUAUCUUAAAGUCUGUGUGUUUUUCCCUAAUUUUGCAGUGAAGCUCUUGGCCAACUCUACUUUGUUGCACAGAGAUUGUAAGAUCUCAGUUGUAUUUGUUGGAGUAUUCCAGUUUAUGUGAAGCUCCAUGACUAUGGCAGAUGCCCGAUAAAAGAAGCAGCCGAUUUCAAUGAAAAUCUCUUUCUCUACUUGUAUGUGUAUCACUGACUUAAUGAUUUCUGCAAUACUUGCCAACAAGGACUCAGCAAGUCUGCUAAGUGGACUCCUCUCAUCCCUCAACUGGAGAGAGUAAAAAAUCAAAUUUAUCAGACACAAAAAAAGGAAAAUCUAAAUAUCCUCAACAUUGAGAAUUUGUCUGAAGAUUGGAUGUCAGGAGAUGGACUCGGUCAGGCGUCAACUAAUCAAGGUUUCAUCUUCCAAGCCUUUUGCACCAACUCUAUUACUAUAUCAAAUGUUAGCUGAAGAGGGAUACGUACUGACUGCCAGCAAAGAGCCACGAAGAAACGAAGUCGUUUUUGUAAGGUUGCAGAACGGCCAGUUCACUACUUUUUUAAAAGAAUAAGUCCACUAGUUUCUUCAUCCUUGCUGAUGUAGUGAAAUGUCGCCUUCAUUACACACUUGGUAACAACUACUAAGAAGAGUAGAUAUUCUUCCUUUGACAUUUUUUGUCCCAAGAUGCAUAAUGUUAUCAAUAGUUCAAUACCAUUGAUACGAGUCGUUAAACUUGAUGCAGUUUACUGAGUCAAACAGAUAUUAUAAUAUCCAAAUGUGAUUUUAUUUGGGGUUA